UUGCGGGUGCUUCCAUAUUGCAUGCACCUUCCUGCAACUCCCCCCUUUUCUUUUGGCAGGGCCACAACAAAAGUUUGGAACAGAGGACCACCACCACCUCCUCUCUCUUCCACACACACACACAACAGAAUCAUGAAUCACAUUUGCAAAAUCUUGCUCCUCUUUCAUUCUUCAUGCUCCUCCACCACAUUAAACAUUAUUGCAAAGCCACACCCACCUUCCCUCUUCUUCCCACAAUCAAAACAUUAACCCAAACAAUCUCCUCCUCCUCCUCCUCUUUCCUGUUCUUCCUCUUGAACACUUGUAAAUGGAGCUGAAGUUUUCUUCAGGCAAUGUUCAGACGGAGGAGGAUUCCCACCAGAGCAAGAAACAUCACUGGAGCAGACAUGAGCACCAUGAAGAUGGGGAGGACUCAAGUUCAAGCAACUCCCUCAGCUUGAAGAACCUCUCCAAGCUCAUCCUCCCGCCGCUCGGCGCUUCGACUGAUAACCAGAACCAGAUCGAGUCCCGAGGAUGGGUCGCCUCUCCCAUGGACUCAAGAUACAGGUGCUGGGAGACGUUCAUGGUCGUGCUGGUUUUCUACUCAGCGUGGGUGUUUCCGUUCGAGGUCGCAUUCCUCGACUCGUCGCCGAACAGAGGGCUGUACAUCGCGGACAACGUGGUGGACGCCUUCUUCGCGGUCGACAUCAUCCUGACCUUCUUCGUCGCCUACAUCGACCCGCGGACUCAGCUCCUCGUCCGCGACUCCAGAAGGAUCGCCACCAGGUAUCUGUCAACGUGGUUCUUGAUGGACGUGGCCUCGACGUUGCCGUUUGAGGCGUUGGGCUACUUGUUCUCCGGCAAGCCCAAGGUGGUCCUCUCUUGCUCCCUUCUCGGCAUCCUCCGGUUCUGGCGUCUCCGCCGUGUCAAGCAGCUCUUCACCAGGCUGGAGAAGGACAUCAGGUUCAACUAUCUCUGGGUCCGUUGCACUCGGCUUCUUUUGGUGACGCUGUUUCUGGCGCACUGCGCCAGCUGCCUUUGCUACUUGCUGGCUGAUAGAUACCCGCACCAAGGCAAGACAUGGCUCGGGGCCGUGAAUCCGAACUUCCGGGAGACCAGCCUCUGGAUCCGUUACAUCUCGGCCCUCUACUGGUCCGUCACCACCAUGACCACCGUUGGCUACGGCGACCUCCACGCUGUCAACACUGUCGAGAUGAUCUUCAUCAUCUUCUACAUGCUCUUCAACCUCGGCCUGACCGCUUAUUUGAUUGGCAACAUGACCAACCUUGUCGUCGAAGGAACCCGUCGCACCAUGGAAUUUCGAAACAGCAUCGAGGCAGCAAACAAUUUCGUGUGCCGAAAUCAGUUGCCGCCAAGGCUGAAGGAGCAGAUUUUGGCUUACAUGUGCUUGAGGUUCAAGGCGGAGAGCUUAAACCAGCAUCAAUUGAUAGAGCAGUUGCCAAAAUCGAUCUGCAAGAGCAUUUGCCAGCAUCUGUUCUUGCCGACCGUGAAGACGGUCUAUCUGUUCAAGGGCGUUUCUCACGAAACCCUCCUGCUCCUGGUGGCCAAGAUGAAGGCCGAAUAUCUGCCGCCAAGAGAGGACGUCAUUAUGCAGAACGAAGCGCCUGAUGAUGUCUAUAUCAUCGUAUCCGGCGAGGUCGAAAUAUUCAACUGUGAAACGGAGAGAGAGCAGGUUGCCGGGGCUUUGCAGUCUGGGGACAUAUUUGGAGAAGUCGGCGCGCUCUGUCGCCGGCCUCAGGACUAUACUUACCGGACCAAGUCCCUCUCCCAACUGCUGAGGCUGAAAAGGAAUGAUCUCAUAGAAGCUAUGCACAGCCAGCACAACGACAACAUAACCGUGAUCAAGAACUUUCUACAGCAUCACAAGGAGCUUAAGGAUCUAUGCAUAGAAGACUUCUUCACGGACGCAGGACACGAGCAUGACGACCUCCACUUGUUGACCGUGGCGAGUACCGGUAAUGCUGCUAUCCUCGAGAAGCUUCUCAAGGCGAAGUUGGACCCCGACGUCGGGAAUUUAGAAGGGAAGACCUCGCUGCACAUUGCAGCAUCACUGGGCCAUGAAGACUGUGUCUGGCUACUGCUAAAAAAUGGAUGCAACAUGCAUUUACGAGACCGGAACGGCAACAAUGCGCUGUGGCACGCGAUAUCGUCGAAGCAGCACUCAAUCUUCCGAGUCCUGUACAGCUGUGCCGCUUCUUCUGACCCUUGCACAGCCGGCGACCUCCUAUGCACUGCAGCAAAAAGGAAUGAUCUCGAGGUGAUGAAGGAGCUCUUGAACCACGGAUUGAACAUCGACUCCAUGAAUCACCAAGGCUUCACAGCUCUCCAGAUCGCCAUGGCUGAGAACCAUGAAGACAUAGUGAAUCUACUCGUGAUGAACGGCGCGAAUGUUGCCGAUUCAAACUUGCCUGAUUUUCCUCCAGAAGCAUUGAACGAAAUGCUGAGCAGGAGAGAGACGGGGCACCGUAUUGCGGUGCCCGACGGUACCACAUUGCAGGAUAUGCCAAUGAGAAUGCACGAAGUUGAGCGAGAACUGACUCAGGAGAAAUCGGACAUGGCGAUUUGUGCGAGGGUGAGCAUUUACAGAGGCCAUCCAGUGGCAAGAAGAGAGAACCGUUGCACCGAGGCGGGGAGGCUCAUCCGAUUGCCGGCUUCCAUUGAGGAUCUCAAGAGCAUUGCAGGUAAGAAGUUCGAUUUUGAUGCAACAAACACCAUUAUAGUGGAUGAAGAAGGUGCAGAGAUCGACUGCAUCGAAGUGAUUCGAGACAACGACAAGCUUUUCAUGGUCGAAAAUUCGAAUUAUUAGUCUCAUUCCAUGCUUCGGUCUGCUCUUCGCUUUAUUAGGACGUUCAAGUAUCAUCAAGUAAUUCCCAUCAAUCCUCUUCCCGGAAGAGUUUUCUCUUCUGCUUCAUCAUGUUGUGGUGAGGGAUCUGAUUCUUGAACUUGCCAAUAAUGUUAUGUAUUAAUUCAAAGAGGGAGAUGCUGGGGAAAAUGUAUACUGAAUCUCACACAUUAGCCAGAGAAAACAUCUCUCUCUCCCCCCUAUAACAGCACGGGAAAUGACAAGAACUAUAAAGAAAUGAAGAAAGAAAUUAUAAAGUUACAGUUGUAAAAUA